CUGCCCAGUCCAUGGAGCCCAGCUAAGGCAACGCCAGGCGAAGAGACCGAGGCCAAAUAGUGUCGAUGUGGAUGCUUUGGGCAGCGUGGAGAUAAAGUGGAAGCCAGUGACAGCUAUGUAAACUACAAUUCUGCAAAGCCUCAGAAAUCCUGUAAAAUGGAGGAACUGUAUAAGGACACACAAAACCUGCCCAUGGAUGUUACCAACUCGCCCUCGGCUAUAGCUAACAACAAACUAGAAAAUGGAGUUGCCCAGUUGAUAACAGCAGAAGCAUGGAAUAUCAAUUCAUCAGAUUUGAUGAAGAAAGCACUUUCGCCACUAGUAACUGUCCCUGCUCCAUCAAUACUAACACCGCCAGCAGAAUCCCAAAGCGGGGUUGCUCUCAAGGUAGCUGCCACAGUGCUCCAGCCAAUUUGUUUAGGGGACAGUCCGGUGGUUCUACCAAUACACCUGCAAGUAGCAGGGAGCACCGCCCCUCAGAUUGCUCCUAACAAUAAUACUCCGUAUGUCAUGACCACACAAGGCCCAGUCCCACUGCCUGUCCUCUUAGAGCAGCAUGUAUUCCAGCAUUUAAAUUCCCCAUUGGUGUUACCUCAGAGUUCUCCCUGUGCUACCAACCCCAUUCAUGGCAACCUCUUCCAAGGCUCUUCUGCUCCGAUUGGGCAGCCACAACUCUUGGAUCAGAAACCCUCCAAUCCUGCUCAGGAGUCCGUCUUGCCUCCUUUGUUUCAGACGCCAGGAUUUGCUGCAGUUCUACAGGACCUCUUUCCCUCACAAGGCGCCUUAGGCUCAUCGCCCUAUCAGCCACCCCCAGACUGCUCUUCUGUCCCUCCACAACCCUUCAGUUCCCCUUUGUCUCCACUGGUUCCCCCAGCCACGCUUUUGGUACCAUACCCAGUGAUUGUUCCUCUCCCAGUCCCUGUCCCAGUCCCCAUCCCAAUCCCUAUCCCAGUACCCCAUAGUGCUGAAUCGAAGGCCAACCUGGACUGCCCUAAACCAGCUUCUUCAUUCAUCUUGCAUUCCUGCAAAGGCACCCAGACUCCCCUGGAGAAGGAGGAAAGUAAGCCGUUUGAUUUCAUCCACCAUAGGGGGCUUUCCCAGCUGAAUCGACACACGGUCAUCAAGAUGAGUAACGAGAACGAGGUCCUCGACCUGUCCAUGAAAACAACCCCUUUGCUUAAGGAAAGCGAUGACACUUCCCCGCUUUCAGCUGAAGAUGGUGCUUUGGACCUGUCGCUUACUUCUUGUUGGAAGAGAAGCAGCACUGAAACUACAAGUACUGGUCGCUCGGGCUCCAUGGCGGAUGGCACCGCGCAUUCUAUGGUGGAGAAACUUUCUAGUGCUGCUGCUGCUUUACCCUUUGUUCAUUCAAAACCUCACGAGGCCCCAGCCAAGGCUGAAAGCAGAGUGAUCAGUAGCAACUCAUCUGAACUCCUGAGACAGCAGCCCAAGUGGCUGGUAGAUCAGACUAGUAUAGCACCCUGUGAACCCUCAGCAGGCAAUAACAUUGAAAUUGUGAGCACUUCACAGACGGCCAAAGUGAUCGUCUCUGUCAAAGACGCGGUCCCUACUAUUUUCUGUGGCAAGAUUAAAGGCCUUUCGGGGGUUUCCACAAAAAACUUUUCCUUCAAAAGGGACAUGCCCCAGGACUCAGUGCUGCAGUGCUACGAUGUGAAGAACCAGCCAGAAGCCCGGGAUAAUGCAGAAGCUCUUAGGAAACCUAUCAAAAACAGGAGCGUCAAGUUAAAGAAAAUGAACUCGCAGGAAAUACAUAUUCUUCCAAUCAAAAAGCAGCGGCUUGCGGCCUUUUUUCCAAGAAAGUAAUUUAUAAGGUUUUAGAAUGUUUUAACUAUAAUUAUUAUGAAUAAAAAGAUGCACUUCAUUUUAAAUUACAUUUUAAACUUUAAACUAUCCUUAAGUUAUUUGGAGGUGGCGGACAGCGGGGUGGUGUGGGGAAGGCAGCAGGGGGGGAACUGGAUAUAUUUCCCCAUACAAUGGCUUCCCUACCCACCCUUUAUUUCAUUCUAACUUUUCAUGAAAAGUAAAUAAAAAGCAACAUAUUUUUCAAGUGGAUUGCACAUUUUGCAGCUUUAAUGGAAUAUAAUAGAUGAGUGAGUCAGAGGGGUAAGAGCUAUUUUCACUGCCAUAAAGUGCUUUGAUGAUGUAAUUCUGAACAAUGGUGAGUAGAAUGAAACUUUCAGAAUAAAUGUUUGUAUGUGCUAGUUUGUUUGCAGUAUUUUGUACUUUUAUAGUUUGCACUUGUUAUGGCACAAGUCUGAAAAUCAUGUAGCAGACACUUAUAUUAUUUCUGAGCUGUUAAAA